AUGGCGCAUGGACACUAUUCAGCAAUAAUCCCACCUCAUGCCCCAUUGCGACAUCCUCUAAGUUUGUUCUGGCACCCCCCGCUUUGUCACCGAGUCCCGAAUUCGAACAUUAGGCUGCUUCCCACGGCCGUUGAUCUCUCCUCCCUGAUCAUCGUCAGCAUCAUUCCCAGCAAGAGUGCCAUUUUUCUUGCUGUGCUUCACACGGCCCUUGAUCUCUCCUCCCUGCUCAUUGUCAGCGUUUUUCCCAGCGAGAGCGUCAUCUUUCUUAUGCAAGAGUGCCGUCUUCUUACGGUGCUUCCUACAACCGUUGAUCUCUCCUCCCUCCUCAUCGUUCCGGCAAGAGCGCCAUCUUUCUUACACAAGAGCGCCAUCUUUCUUACGGUGCUUCCUACAGCCGUUGAUCUCUCCUCCCUCCUCAUCAUUCCCGGCAAGAGCGCCGUCUUUCUUACAGUGCUUCCUACAGCCGUUGAUCUCUCCUCCCUCCUCAUCAUUCCCGGCAAGAGCGCCAUCUUUCUUACAGUGCAUCCUACGUCCCUUGAUCUCUCCUCCCUGCUGCUCAUUGUCAGCCUCAUUCCCAGCAAGAGCACCGUCUUUCUUACAGUGCUUCCUACAGACAUUGAUCUCUCCUCCCUCAUCAUUGUCACUGUCGUUCCCAGCAAGAGCACUGUCUUACUUACGGUGCGUCCUAUGGCCCUUGAUAUCUCCUCCCUGCUCAUCAUCCCCAGCAAGAGCACUGUCUUACUUAUGGUGCGUCCUAUGGCCCUUGAUCUAUCCUCCCUCCUCAUCGUCACCGUUGUUCCUAGCAAGGGCACUGUUUUUCUUGCAGUGCUUCCUAUGGCCCUUGAUCUCUCCUCCCUCCUCAUCGUCACUGUCAUUCCCGGAAAGCGGUUGUGCUGGCUACCUGCCUUGACGCCAACAGCAUUAUCCUCGCAACCGUCAACCCUUGCAGCCCUCCAUGGUUGCUACAGUCUCGCAACAUGUUACAAGGCCCCCUUGCUCCUCCCUCACCGAGGCUCCAACACUUUGGACAUGCCCUCUCCAUCACAAACAUUGUCCGCGUCCCUAGGCAUCUCACCCUGUCCUAUUCCCUCAUUAAAUGUCUGCCUUUGGUACAAAUAUUUCAGACUUGAUGUUUUGAUAGAGGCACCCAUAGUCAAUUCAUGA